AUGUUUGGUAUUAAUAAUAUUAGUACUUUUGACAUUAUUCUACAUAUAUGCUGUUACUUAUUAAUUGCCGGUUGGGGUCUUCUGGCUACAUUCCAUAUACUUGGUCUUUUUUAUGGUUUAUACAAAUUCCACCGAAAGCCAUCACAUAGUAAUCUCAAAGAAUUACCAGGUGUUUCAAUAAUCAAACCAUUAACAGGAAUCGAUGCAAAUCUAUAUGAAAAUUUAAAAACAUUUUUCAAUCUUAAAUAUCCACGAUAUGAAGUACUUUUUUGUGUACAAGAACACGAUAAUGAAUUGAUUGAUUUACUCGAAAGAUUACGAGAACAAUAUCCACAUGUGGAAUCACAAUUAUUUGUUGUAAAAGGAAACUUCCUAAUAGAAAGUGAAUUAGACGUAUCAGAGCAGGAGACCGAUAUUGCUGAAGAGCAAGGAAAUGAUCUAACACCAUUGGUAACACGAAUUAAAACUAAACAAAUACAACGAAAACGAAUAUCUUUAUGGAAACGAAUUUUAUGUUGUGGUUCACAUAAAUUAUUAUCCGGUGAUAAAUCAUCAAAAAAUGGAACAAUGGAUAUAAAAAAUCCCAAAAUCUUUAAUAUGUUACCUGCUUAUGAAAAAGCUCAAUAUCCAUAUAUAUUAAUAUCAGAUAGUGGUUUAAUGAUGCAUGAAAAUACAUUAUACGACAUGGUUAUAUCUAUGACUGAUAAUGUUGGUCUUGUUCAUCAAAUGCCAUUUACUUGUGAUAGAAAAGGUUUUGCUGCAUCGGUUGAAAAGGUUUAUUUUGGUACUCAACAUGCUCGUAUGUAUAUGACAAUCAAUUUAAUUGGUAUAAAUUGUGUUACUGGAAUGUCAUGUUUAAUACGAAAAGAAUGUAUUGAUCGUGUAGGUGGUUUACGUGCUUUUGGUCAUUAUAUAGCGGAAGAUUAUUAUAUAGCCUAUGAAGUUGCUAAACAAGGUUGGAAAUUACGUGUUGCAUCGACACCGGCACAACAAAAUUCAGGAGAAUAUUCUGUAUCAUCAUGGACAGAGCGGAUGAUUCGAUGGUGCAAAUUGAGAAUGCGUUUAAGUCCAUUAGCUUAUUUAGAACCUUUACAAGAGUGUUUUUCAUCAGCUGUAUUAGCUGGUAUUGUUACAAAUUAUUUAUUUGAAUGGAAUGCUCUUGUUGUUGCUGCUUGUCAUAUUUUAAUAUGGUUUAUUCUUGAUUAUUUAAUGCUCAGAAUAACUCAAGGUGGUCCAUUACCAUUUUCGAAAUUUGAAUUUGCAAUAGCAUGGCUUGUACGAGAAUUUUCAUCAUUUUACAUAUAUUUCAAAGCAUUUACUGGUCCAUCAACGGUAAAUUGGCGUGGAAAAGAAUAUCGUCUUGGUUCAGGUACACGUGCUGAAGAACUCUCUACUAUACCAUUACCACCACCUGCACCAUCUCUUGUUGAAUCAUCUUCAUCAUCUGUAUCCUCGUCAGUAUCAUCAUCGUCAUCAUCAUCGACAUCAUCUUCAUCUUCAUCUAAUUCGUCAUUGUCAGUGGCUGGACCAUAUCUUCUAUCAUCAUCAUUAUCUACGAAACAACCAUCUCAGAUUGUCUAA